AUGGUAUCUUGGGGAACAAUCCAGAGUCUCCUCCUCCUCGUCGGCCCUCUCCUCCUCCCGAAAGCCAUCGCCUACUACCGAAGCCUCAAAAACCGACCACCAACCCAAAUCAAACCCCUCCAGAAAAAAACCUCUUACGCACUAACAGUCCUCUUCACCUCAGGCCUGCUCGCCCUAAUUUCCACCUUCCCCCUCUUCGCCCCAGAAAAUAUAUUCCGCCUCACGGAAUCCCGCCUGCACACGUCGGCGGGAGUCCUUCUGACUCGCCUCGCUUCUCUACGUCCUCUUACCCCUCAGGACGAGGAACUCCGCACAAUCUUCGAUCAAGGCGGGCUCGAAGCGAGAUUACUGUACGCGAGAUAUGGACCGGAUGUGGUGCUGAAUUGUUCUUUGGGGAAGGCAGGCGAGAUGGAAGCUGCGAGGAACUACUUGAUUUACGCGAUUCCGAAACUUCUCGCGCCGCAUUUAUUCCACCUGUUCGCGCUGGGAGUUGCGACGAGUGGGUUUCUCAGCGGUAGGGAAGGCGCGCGGUGGCGGACGAUUGCGAUUAUUGCAGGACUGGGGUUGGCGAUUGGGGAGACGUUGUGGAUUGCGUAUUUUGACGAUACGCCCAAUGUGCGCAGCGUUAGAGUCAACGAUGUUAACUUCAUACAUUGGAAGAUGGCCGUGUGGCGAGGUCUUGGGAUUGCUACGACGGACGGGGUUUUGGGUUGGAUCAUCUGGCUCCAAGCUACCGGCCGCGCAUUCUUGUCACCUACGCCCGCCGGCGAGAGGAUUUUGGAUCACGCACAGCGUCUCCAGGCUACGCUUGGCAAGAUCCAGGCGCUAGGUGUUGUGAGGAAUGGUACGGUCAGGGACGCCACGUCGAGGAAGAGGUUUGAGGAGUAUUGGAUGAAGGAGGGAGAAGUUAUGAAGGAUGCUAUGGAGCAGCCGGAAGUUUUGACUGCGCAGAGGAACGCGCUCGCGCGAAGUGAUGCUGGGAAAGUCAGUCGCGAGGCCGAAGCUUUUGUCGAUGGUUUUCUGGGAGCUGUUCCGCCGCCACAAUCAGUCGUCACAUGAGUAGGUUCAGUCUCGCGAAGAGUGAUGUCGGAAUGAAGGAUAUGAAACGAAACGAAACGAAUUCUCCCAAGUUGAUGCGCUG